AACCUAAUAAUAAAAAAACAUAGCAUAAUCCACAGUCCAAUUUCUUAAACUAAACGAACGUUAGGACACACAACGUUUUGUCAUUUUCUUCGGACAACAGCGAGCCGGCGAGCGGUUGUCUGUCGUAGCACAUCAGUACGUCGUAUCAAUACCAUGUCCAAAUAUACACGUGUACACAAUUCGACUAGUUUCCUGUAUUGUGUAUGUAUGUGUACUAUUGUCCCAUCAGAUUAGUGAUCAAAGAAAUCAACAUGAGGCGCUCCACGCUUUACCGCCUGCUCAAGCGCAGUCUGUUAUUCUUGCCUGUUCUAUGGAUGCUCUACGCCCUCACUGAAAUUGUCAUUAGACCCAAUAUUGGCUCGCAGUCUCGGGAAAAAUUCCCUCGUUCGGAGCAGAACAAGGAACUUUUUCGUCAAACCGAAGUAAGACAUAGAGAGAGAGAAGUUGUAGUACCGACGCCGGGAAAUGAUGGCAAGAGGGUUGUCGAACAGGAACAAAACCUUGGAAGGAGACGGAAACCUGUAAUGAGGUACCCUGACGACCAGACCUUGAUCCGCGCUCACGCCAACGGUCAGCAGUUGGAGAAGCUCACUGAGAUGGGAGGGGCACUCGUGGAGAAGCGGCCGCCUUCCGCGUUUGAAGGCGUGAACUUGCCGCCGUUUGUCGAUACUUCUGACCGCAAUGGACCAGGUGCAAACAACAAGCGCAGGGCUACAGUCGCUACCUCCAGCAGGUGAGCGUGAUCAUCAUCUUCCACAACGAGGCUUGGACGGUCUUGCUCCGGUCUGUGCACAGCAUCAUAGCCCGCACGCCGGCCAACCUGCUGAAGGAGAUCAUACUCGUGGACGACUUCUCCUCCAAAGAGUACCUGAAGGCGCCUCUGGAAAAAUACUUCAACGACUUCCCCAAGGUACACAUAGUCCGCGCCACAAAGCGCCAGGGCCUGACUCGUGCCCGUCUCCUGGGCUACUACGUGUCCACUGCGCCGGUCAUUGUCUUCCUAGACUCACACAUCGAGUGUUUUCCCGGUUGGCUCCAGCCGCUGCUGCAGAGGAUCCACGAGAGCCCCAAGGCCGUCCCAUACCCCAACAUAGAGAUCAUACGGGACCAGACAUUCCAGGUGGGCUGUACCAUCGCCGGCAGCCGCGCCAUCUUCCGCUGGAAGGACCUCACUUUUCAGUGGGAGUUUGUGCCGCAGUACGAGAGAAUGCGUCGGCAGCUGGACUCUGAUCCCAUUAGGUCUCCAACCAUGCCAGGAGGCCUGUUUGCUAUCAGUCGGGAAUUCUUUGAAAGACUGGGUACCUACGAUCCCGGCUUAGAUUAUUGGGGUGGAGAGAACAUUGAGCUGUCAUUCAAGGCUUGGAUGUGUGGUGGCAGUGUUGAACUGGUGACGUGCUCGCAUGUUGGCCACAUAUUCCGGCGUUCAAACCCUAUCAGGUGGACAAGUAACAUUGGCAGCAAGAAUUCCAUCCGUGUGGCUGAAGUCUGGAUGGACGACUACAAGAACUAUUUCUAUGAGAGGAUUCUCUAUAAUCUGGGCAAUUAUGGUGACGUCAGUGCCAGAAAAGAGCUACGAGAAAAUCUUCAGUGCGAGAGCUUUGAAUGGUACCUGCGCAACGUCUACCCAAAUAUGGUGAUACCGUCUCACAUGAAAUACGCAGGGGAGGUCCGCAGUGAAGCUUCGCCCAAGUGUGUGGACAGUAUGGGAUCUCCGAGCGCUGGACAACAGAAGCCGAAGCUUUAUCCGUGUCACGGACAGGGGUAUAACCAGUUUUGGCAUAUGAGCGACCAAGGACAAAUGACGCAAGAUAGUUGGCACAUCUGUGCCUCAACCUCUGAAGUUUUCACCAGGUCGUUUUGUGAACCGCCAGGGCCGCACUGGCAAUACAGACAGGACAAAACGUUACUGCACGUACCAUCAGGCCAUUGUCUGACAGCUUCAGUAGACAAGGACGAACUCAGCGUGACUCCGUGCUCUGAGAGCCGCUGGCAGAAAUGGGACAUGCAAUCUCGAAGGACAGACAUCGAAUUUCCCGAGUGAACCUUCUGCUACUGGGAACAGACUGUGAACGUGUAGAUCUAGAUCUAGUACGUGUACUUUGUGUGUGUGUGUGUAUGUGUGUAUGUGUGUGUGUGUGUGUGU